CCGAAGGCUUCUUCUCGAGGAGAAGUCCAUCUACUCUGAGAAUCCUCUAACCUUUGUGCUUGGAGAAAGAAGGAUCAGCCCUGCACUGAGAUGUCGUCGUGGAUAUUAGCAGGCUUGGGAUCUCUCGGACAGGCCUUAAUCGGGAGAGUGAAGGAUCAGAUCAGCGACUAUUUGAUCGGAAGGGUUUUGGAGGAGCCCGGAGUUGCUGACCUCGACAAGCUGAGGAAUACUCUUUCGGGGACUGAGCGCAUCAUCGGCAGAGUCGAGAACAUGUGGAUUAAAGAUGAAGACACGAAAAAGCGAUUGAAGGAAUUGCAGAUGAAACUGAAGGACACUGUUUAUGACGCUGACGACUUCCUUGAUGAGAUCCAGUUCCGGGUUCUGAAGCAACAGAUCGAGCAACAAGGAGCUCAGGGGUACGAGGCAAGUAACCAAUCAUCUUCUUCUUCUGAUCUCCCUCCGAGUAAAAAAAGAAAAAAUUCUGAACGUGUCAGUCGCUUCUUCGGUAGAGAAGAUGAUGCGAUUAGAGCGAGGAAAAUUCAGAUGAAGUUAGAUAAAUAUACUACUGACAUCGAGCAUUUCAUUGGUAAAUUAGAUGACGAUGAGAAACAGAUGAUAACGUCAGUAGUGCCUCGAACCACCACUUCCUUUCCGAUAGAAACUCAAGUAUUCGGACGAGACGAACAGCUGAAUCAACUUCUGGGACUGUUGAUGCAAUCUGCCGACGGAUCCGGAUCUAGCGACAAUAGCAUCUCAACCUUAACUAUUGUUGGGAUCGGAGGGGUCGGAAAGACUACUCUUGCUCAACAUGCGUACAACCACGCGAGGGUGCAGGACUGUUUUCAGCUUAAGGUCUGGGUCUGUGUAUCCGACAACUUCAACGUGGAGAGGCUUACCAAAGAGAUCAUAGAAUCCUUAACCAGGAAUAAGUGUGAUCUCAAAAACUUUGAUACACUUCAAGUGGUUGUUAAGGAGAAGUUGACCUCAAAAAGGUUCCUGCUUGUCCUCGACGAUGUGUGGAGCGAGGACAGCCUGAAAUGGGAAAGAUUUUGUGCACCAUUGAAGUACGGAGAACCCGGAAGCAAGAUUUUGGUUACGACUCGCUCUAAAAAGAUUGCAGAAAUGGUCGGCAAUCCGAUCCCUCUAGGAGGUCUGGAUGAAACCAGCUAUUGGAAAUUGUUCAAGAAAUGUGCAUUUGGUUCCGAAGACGCCGGUGAAUUUCCACAUCUAGAAGCCAUAGCAAAGAUGAUCGCGGGCAGGUUGAAGGGGUUGCCACUUGCGGCAAGGACGGUAGGCGGGUUGUUGAAGGCGCAGAUGAAUGAGAAGCACUGGAGAAACAUCGCAGGGAGUGAAAUAUGGCAACUACCGCAAGACGAAAAGGGUGUCCUGCCAGUCCUACAACUGAGCUAUCAAUGUCUUCCCUCACACCUUAAGCGAUGUUUUGUUUUUUGUUCCAUGUUCCCCAAAGAUCAUCCGUUUAAUAAACGGGAAUUGAGCUGGCUUUGGAUGGCAGAAGGCUACGUUGCUCAAGACAACAAUAUGACGACGGAGGAUACAGGAAGCCGCUACUUCCUUGAAUUAGUGAAUAGGUCUUUCUUUCAGGAAGCUCCUUGGGGAUCACAAUAUGUGAUGCAUGACCUCAUACACGAUCUUGCUCAAUUUAUUUCAGACGGAGAGUUUUGCAGGAUCAAUGAUGAUAAUUCGAAAGAGAUCCCUAACACGACUCGUCAUCUAUCAGCAAAAUUAACCAAUGGAACUAAGUUAAUGGAGUUCUCCUGUUAUGAGAAAUUGCGAACCCUCAUGAUCAAUUAUGAAAGUCAUUGGUAUGACUUGGGAGUCGAUGGCUCUUUGUUCCUCCGGUUUGAAAGAUUAAAAAACAUUCGAGUGUUGAUAUUACAGUGGUGUGGCUUGCGGGAGUUGCCUGAGACAAUUGGUGGCUCGAUACACCUCCGCUACCUUGACAUAUCCCACAACUUUUAUUUUAGGAGGUUGCCGGAGUCAUUAUGUGGUCUUUACAAUUUGCGAGUCCUGAAUCUGUGGGGCUGUGAACUACAGAGUUUCCCGCACGGCAUGAGUAAGUUGAUCAACUUGAUGCAUCUUAAUGCAGAAGACAAAAUAAUUUCCAAGAUAAAUGAUGUUGGGAAGCUGACUUCUCUUCAAGGACUGUGUUCAUUUAAAGUACUCAAGAAUCAGGGACACGAGGUUGCCCAAUUAGGCAGUCUGAAACAACUUCGUGGACACCUUCGAAUUACCAACCUUGAGAAUGUUGAGAGUAAACAAGAAGCAAGCAAGGCUAAUCUGAACAACAAACAGUAUCUUGAUGCACUAGCCUUAGAAUGGGCAUCGGAUGACGGCAAUGAAUUAAUUAUGUCGAAGGAGGUACUUGAAGGUCUCCAACCACAUCAGGCUCUCAAACGUUUGACGAUCAGAGGGUACACUGGUGUCAGAUCACCCAGUUGGCUGCAGGCACAAUUGUUAGCGAACCUGAUAACUCUUAGAUUGAUAAACUGCAAAGCAUGGGAGGAUAUUUCAUGUAUUGGACAGCUACCGAAUCUCAAGAAACUUUACGUGAAGGGAAUGCCUGCAGUGAAACAAAUAAGUCAUGGAUUAAGUACAGAGAGCAAGUUCAUGCCUAACCUGGAAGAGCUAGUGCUGAAGAACAUGGUGGCAAUGGAGGAACUCCCGAGUCUUGGACAACUGCCGAGUCUCAAGGUUCUUCGCAUCGAGAGAAUGCCGGCAGUGAAGAAGGUGGUCUAUGGAUUCUUAGGUUCUAGAGACCAAGGCAAGUGUUUUCCUAGCUUGGAGGUGCUCAAGUUCAGGGACAUGCCAGAAUGGGAAGAGUGGUCUUGGGCUGAUGGCCGACAACUGUUUCCCUGCUUGCGAAAAUUUUAUAUUGUACAAUGCCUAAGGCUUAAGAGGUUGCCUCCCCUCCCUCCUCCACUCGAAACAUUAGAAAUAGAUGAAGUCGGAUUGACAGAAAUUGCAGGGUUACGGGAAGGAAUCCAUGGAGGCGGCAAUUGCAUAACUGCUUCUCUUUCAACAUUGAGAAUACGAAAAUGUCCAAAUCUAAGAAAUCUGGAAGAAGGGUUGCUAUCGCACAGCUUACCAGAUAUCUUUUACAUUCAGAUAGCGGAAUGUGCGGAACUCAUGUGGCAGCCGGUGAAGGGGUUUAAAGAACUCACCUCCCUUGCGAUAUUGUCAAUCCGCAGUUGCCCGAAUCUCUUGAGCAUGACGCAAGGUGGGGACAAUGACAUCCUCCUCCCACCCUCAAUCAAGCAACUAAUGCUGUCUGACUGUGGGAAUCUGGGAAAAUUGCUACCGGGCUGCCUGCACAAUUUGACCUCACUCACACGAUUGGAAAUAGGCGGCUGCCCGUCCAUAGAGUCUCUUCCUGAAACGUCGCUGCUUCACCUGAAGCGACUUGAAUAUCUGAAGAUUUGGAAAUGUGGUGAGUUGAGGUCAAUAGACGAGUUGUUGCUAAAUGAAGGGAAUAGGCAAGUGGGGGUUUUGUCGAUGGGAAAAUUAUACAUCGACGACACAGCCCUGUUCAAAGUACCGCUCUUAAGAAGGAUACUUCCAUCCGUCCGUGCUCUCACGAUCUCAAACUUUCCUCGAGCGACGAUGUCUGAUGAGGAGGAGCAGUUGUUUCGAAGCCUCACAGCUCUCAGAUCGCUAAAAUUCAAGAAUUGCAAUAAUCUACAAUCGCUACCGACAGAGUUGCAUGCCCUUUCCUCCCUCUGGCUUUUAACAAUAAUUGGAUGUCCGGAGAUUCAGUCGGUACCGGAGAAGGGGCUGCCGACGUCCCUCAGGAAUCUACAUUUCGAAGGCUGCCAUCCGAGGCUGACGGAGCAGCUGGAGAAGCACUUGGCCGAGAUGAAGAGUUCGGGUCGAUUUUCGAAUGUCACCCAAUGUGAUAUGUUAAGAUACAUGGAGUAGCUUGGAUUAUCAUUUUAAGAAGCCUUUAAGAUGGAUGCCAUUACGUAAAAAAAAAUUGCACUUUUAGAUUUCUUUGUAUAUGUGUAAUUUGGAUUUGAAUAUUAUGAAUUUUUAAGGAGUUAUUGAAUUUGUCGUAUGUGUUGUGAGUGGAUUGAUUGUAAAUUGAAAUAUGUAAUAAAUAUUAUAUGAAAACUAUUUGUUUAGAUUUUUCAUCUUA